AUAUAUUGAACAUUCUCUACACGUUAGAAACGUCCCCAAACCCCUCUCUUUUUCAAAUCAUACAAAGCAGUAAUAAUGCCUCGAGCAUCAAAGAGAAAAUCUGACUCACCUAAAUCCACUUCUGCUAAAUCUUCAAAAACUGAGUCUGUUAACGCUGCUUCAGGCAAGACAACGAAGCUCGGCAUCUCUGUCGAUAAUCUUUUCCAGAAGUAUGCCAAUAAGUUGCUAGGCAUGAUCGAUCCAGAGGGGAUUGAGGCACUAUGCUCGGAUCUUGGAGUUGAUCAUACAAAUGUCAGAAUUUUGAUGCUCGCUUGGAAAAUGAAAGCUGAAAAGCAGGGAUAUUUUACUCAGGAUGAAUGGCGGAGAGGCUUAAAAGAUCUCCAGGUUGAUACUGUUAACAAAUUGAAAAAAGCCCUGCCAAAAUUGGAAGCAGAGGUCAUGAUGCCUGAAAAUUUUGAGGACUUCUAUUCCUACGCUUUUCGUUACUGCCUUACCGAGGAUAAGCAGAAGUGUGUGGACAUCGAGAGCAUUUGUCUACUGAUUGAUCUUGUUCUGGGGCCCCAAUUCCGGGCUCAGGUUGACUCAUUUAGUGAGUUUCUCAAGAAUCAAACUGAUUAUAAGGUUAUCAACAUGGAUCAAUGGACAAAUUUUCUACGAUUUUGCCAAGAGAUUAGCUUUCCAGACCUUGAAAACUACGAUACCGACCAAGCAUGGCCUGUAAUUUUGGAUAAUUUUGUUGAGUGGAUGAAAGAAAAGCAAAAUUGAUCUGUGUGUGAUAUGAGUUCUUCGUAAAUGCUAACGAAUUUGAAGUGGGCGCGCUAUUUUUGCUGGCACGAUUCAUGACCAGCUGCACCAUUCAGUGUGAAGUUGGUUUUCUUUCUACUACCGAACUGCAUGCCUGAGGAGGGGUUGACACAUUUUUCUCAAGGGGAAUAUACCAAGUUUUUCCUGAUUUCGAUUUUUGGUUUUUUGUUUUCUUCGUACAAGUUACAAACGAAAUGUAUGCUACAUCUGUUUUUUAGGAUACUUAUACCAUAAAGGGGGAUAUCCUUUAUGGUAGUCAUACAUGUGAAUGGAGUAAAAAAAAAAACAGCAUCUUUAGUGAAA